UUCAACUCAUCUAAACCAUGACGUCACUCUCAGAGACCACUUUGAUCUUUACUCUCAUCAUCUUCUUCUUCUUCUCUGGCUUUUCACUUGCGAAACAGAGCUUUGAACCAGAGAUUGAAGCUUUAAGAUCCUUCAAGAAUGGCAUUUCCAGCGACCCUUUAGGUGUAUUAACGGAUUGGACCACCACCGGUUCGGUACGACACUGCAACUGGACCGGAAUCACCUGCGAUCGUACCGGUCACGUUGUCUCAGUUUCCUUGAUGGAGAAGCAACUUCAAGGCGUUCUGUCUCCAUCCAUAGCAAAUCUCACCUAUCUCCAGGUUCUUGAUCUCACUUCAAAUAAUUUCUCCGGCGAAAUACCGGCUGAAAUCGGUAAACUAGCCGAGCUAAACCAGCUCAUUCUUUACUUAAAUUAUUUCUCUGGUUCGAUUCCCUCUGAGAUUUGGGAGCUUAAGAAUAUUGUGUAUCUUGAUCUGAGAGAUAAUUUGUUAACCGGUGAUUUCCCUGAAGCAAUCUGCAAAACUAGAUCUUUGGUACUAGUAGGAGUUGCAAACAACAACUUAACCGGAACAAUACCAGAAUGCUUGGGAGAUUUGGUUCAUCUCGAGAUGUUUGUAGCAGGCUCAAACCGUUUUACUGGUUCGAUUCCGGUAUCAGUUGGUACUUUGGUUAAUCUAACUGAUUUAGGCCUGAAUGGUAACCAGUUAACCGGUGAAAUACCGAAAGAGAUAGGAAAUCUCUCGAACUUACAGUCUCUCAUUUUAGUUGAUAACUUGUUGCAAGGAGAAAUACCAGCUGAGAUCGGAAACUGCACGAGCUUGGUCCAACUUGAGCUGUAUGGUAACCAGUUAACCGGAAGAAUACCAGCUGAAUUAGGGAAUUUGGUUCAGCUGGAGGCACUCCGGUUAUACAAAAACAAACUGAAUUCUUCAAUUCCAUCCUCAUUGUUUCGGUUAACGAAAUUAACAAAUUUGGGAUUGUCGGAAAACCAGUUGGUCGGACCAAUACCGGAAGAGAUUGGUUUCCUCACAUCACUCAAAGUCCUUACUCUUCACUCCAACAACUUAACAGGAGAGUUUCCACAGUCCAUCACAAGCUUGAGGAACUUGACAAUGAUAACGAUGGGGUACAAUCGUAUUUCCGGUGAGCUCCCGGAGGAUUUAGGGUUUCUUUCAAAUCUUCAGAACCUUUCAGCGCACGACAAUCUUCUUACCGGACCGAUACCUUCAAGCAUAAGUAACUGCACAAGUCUUAAAGUCCUGGACCUGUCUAAUAACGAGAUGUCUGGCAAGAUUCCGAGAGGUUUCGGACUUAUGAAUCUCACUUUUAUUUCUCUUGGAGCCAACCGGUUUACCGGAGAAAUUCCAGAUGAUAUCUUCAACUGUUCAAACGUGGAGAUUCUUCAUUUGGUAGAGAACAACUUAACAGGAACUCUCAAGCCAUUGAUUGGGAAGCUUAAGAAACUAAGGAUUUUGAAACUUUCUUAUAACUCACUCACUGGGGAGAUUCCUGGAGAGAUUGGGAAUCUGAGAGAGUUGAAUAUCUUGCACCUUCAAGCUAAUGGUUUCACAGGAAGAAUCCCGAGGGAGGUAUCGAAUCUCACUCUCCUCCAGGGACUUGUGCUGCAUACAAAUGAUCUACAAGGUCCAAUUCCUGAAGAAAUGUUUGAUAUGAAGCAACUCUCACUGCUUGAGCUAUCCAACAACAGAUUCUCUGGUCCAAUACCUGUCUUGUUCUCGAAGCUUGAGUCGCUUAACUACUUGGGUCUUCAUGGAAACAAGUUCAACGGAUCAAUCCCUUCAAGCCUUAAGUCGCUUUCUCAUCUCAACACAUUAGAUAUCUCUGACAAUCUUCUCACCGGAACCAUCCCUGAGGAGCUGAUAUCUUCCAUGAGAAACUUGCAGCUUAAACUCAACUUCUCAAACAAUUUCUUGACAGGAACCAUCCCCAAUGAGCUUGGAAAGCUAGAAAUGGUUCAAGAAAUCGACUUUUCGAACAAUCUCUUGUCCGGGUCGAUUCCAAGAUCUUUAAAGGCCUGCAAAAACGUGUUCUUGAUGGAUUUUUCGAGGAACAAUCUCUCAGGUCAGAUCCCAGACGAAGUGUUCCAACAACACGGCAUGGAUAUGAUCAGAAGCUUGAACCUUUCAAGGAACAGUCUCUCUGGUGAAAUCCCCAAGAGCUUAGGUUACAAUCUCACGCAGCUAGUCUCUCUGGAUCUCUCUAGUAACAAUCUCACUGGUGAAAUUCCAGAGAGCCUCGCCAGUAUUUCGACUCUGAAACAACUCAAACUCGGUUCAAACCACCUCAAAGGCCACGUUCCUGAAUCCGGUGUGUUUAAGAACAUCAACGCAUCUGAUCUGAUGGGAAACACAGAUCUCUGUGGUAGCAAGAAGCCUCUCAAGCCAUGUAUGAUCAAGAAGAGAACGAGCCAUUUCUCGAAGAGAACUACAAUCAUCGUGAUUGUUCUUGGAUCAGCCGCUGUUCUUCUUGCACUACUGCUUCUUGUCCUGAUGCUCACCUGUUGCAAGAAAAAGGUGAAAAAGAUCGAAAACUCAUCAGAAUCUCCAUUGCCGGAUUUGGAUUCAGCUCUGAAGCUCAAGAGAUUCGAUCCCAAAGAGUUGGAGCUAGCAACAGACUCUUUCAACAGUGCCAACAUCAUCGGUUCAAGUAGCUUAAGCACAGUGUACAAAGGCCACUUAGAGGAUGGAAGAGAGAUCGCAGUAAAAGUAUUGAACCUGAAGCAAUUCUCUGCAGAAUCAGACAAAUGGUUCUACACAGAAGCCAAAACACUUAGCCAGUUAAAGCAUCGGAACCUGGUGAAGAUCUUAGGGUUUGCUUGGGAGAGUGGCAAAAUGAAAGCUUUGGUGCUUCCAUUUAUGGAGAAAGGAAGCUUAGAGGAUGCGAUUCACGGCUCUUCUGCAUCAACGGCUGGGAAUUUCUCGGAGAGACUCGAUCUCUGUGUUGAUAUCGCGAGCGGAAUCGAUUAUCUUCACUCUGGGUUUGGAUUCCCAAUCGUUCACUGCGAUCUGAAGCCGGCGAAUAUACUCCUCGACGGUGAACGUGUAGCUCACGUCAGCGAUUUCGGGACUGCUCGGAUUCUAGGGUUACGCGAAGAUGGAAGCAUUACAGCUUCUACAUCAGUAUUCGAAGGCACAAUUGGAUACUUGGCUCCAGAGUUCGCUUAUAUGAGGAAAGUGACGACAAAAGUCGAUGUAUUUAGCUUCGGGAUUAUAAUGAUGGAGCUAAUGACGAAACAGAGACCGACUUCGCUGAGCGACGAAGAAUCACAAGGCGUGACUCUGCGUCAACUGGUGGAGAAAUCGAUUGGAGAAGGAACGGAAGGGAUAAUUAGGGUUCUUGAUUCAGAAAUUAGAGCUAGCAUCGUUUCUCGGAAACAGGAAGAAGCCAUUGAAGACCUGUUGAAGCUUUGUUUGUUCUGUACAAGCUCUAGACCUGAAGAUCGACCAGAUAUGAAUGAGAUUCUUACACAUUUGAUGAAACUCAGAGGAAAGACGAUUUCAGUUCCAGAUCUUAACCAUGGUCGAGAAGUUUGAAGCAACUUGGAAUGAAAUUCCUCUUUUUUUUAUUUUUUCAAAUUCAAUUUUAUUUUAUUGUAAAAAGUUUCUGAUUUUUGCUUUGUUUUUGCUCUGUUUCUGCAAACUUGUACAAUAUAAAACCGAACUCUUAUUACUAUUGAAAUACA